CCACCAUUUUACCACUGGAAAAGGAAGCUGAGCUUUUAGGUGUCUUAACUGUGGCCUUAAGUGCUAACACAGGAUUAGUGAGGUAAACGAUGAAAGAGGUUUAGCACUCCCUGCUUAGGAGCAGUGCUGCUUCAGUAAUUACACAUCAGUGGUAAAGGUGCAGCGGGCGGUUGGAUGGGAGAUCAUAGUGAUGUCAAGACAGGGAGGGCUUACUGCAGGAGAUAAGGCCAGCUAAUGGAGAUGAAAUGAAUCGGUAUUUAAAAGGUCUGGUUUAGUUAAGGCACCUUACUGGCAGCAGAUUGGACUCAAACUGACUGGAAGGAGAAGAAAGGAGUGAGAAACAGGUUCUGUUAGAGUCCAAAAAAUUACAUUUGUUUUUAUUGUUGUUUACCUGAACGGGACAGAAACAGGUCUGAGUUCAACUCACUGGUGGAAACUUGAAGUGAUUUGGUUACAGGUUAAAGGUCGUCUGUCAUGACCCCACGAGAGCAGCUGAGGAAGAUGACGGCACUGGGAGAGCAGGGGACCCUGGAUGAGAAGCACUGGUAUCGGCUGGUUAACGGGAUGUCAGCUGGAGAGCUCAGGCAGAGGCAGGAGCUCAUCAUGAGGAACCAGAUGGCCAUGGCGCCGCAGAUCCUCUCCCAGGGGCAGCAAAGGUUGCAGGGGGUCCCAGCACAGUUUGAACCCCGCUUCAUGGAAAGAGAGUUGGUUCCUCCAGCUGAGAUGGUUCCGUCCGAGGCCCGGCAGAUGCACGUGGGGCCUCACCUCGGUCCACCUUUACCCCCCCACGCUAACGUCCUGCCUGGGAGAACGUUCCCUGGACCUGCCGGAUACAGCUUCGUGCCUUCGGAACCCAUGGAAACAGUGGCCCGGCGACAGGAGCUCAUACACAAGCAGAACAUAGCAAGGAUGGAGAUGAACGCCAUCCUGCACCAGAAGGAGCUGGAGAACGCUCACCAGAAAGGGCUGAUGGGAAUGGAGAACCCCGUGUCGUACCCGUCCAACCCCAUGCUGUUCAGAGGCCGCCAGCGCAUGCCCGACGGCCACGACGUCUUCGUCCACCGCCCCUCCCUGGACGAGCUGCACUCCAGCAGCAUCUUCAUGUCGGCCAGCCCCUACCCGCCGAUAGGCGCGCUGCACAGGGAGAGGGGCCGGAGGGCCGGGAGGAGGCCGGCCGCCCACAAGAGCUCGGAGAACCACGCGCCCAGCCUGAAGGGUCCGGUGGAAGACAAGAGUGUAGAGCAGAGCCCCGAGGCCACGUCCGGAGAGGAGAAGGAGACGGAGGCAAAGGGGGACGUCGGAGAGGAGUGCGCCACCGGCAAGACGCACCGUCAGGUCAAAAUAGACUCCGACCUGGCCGCAGGGAGCAGGAAGACCUACAAAGAAGGGGAGGCGGGCCUACGUAAGGCCUGUGCGACUGCUCAAGACGGGUGUUCAGACGCGGCCAACCCAGGGACUAAUGAUAAAGACAUGUCCAGCUCUGCUUUCCAGGAGAAAUUCAUGUAUCCGUCCAACAGCGGGACUCUGACAGGGAUGCCUUAUAUGUUCCCCGUCCCUGGGAAUGGCUUCCUUCCUGCCGGUCCGCCAAACCUCUUUCUUAACGGUGACGAAAUACCCGAAGACAUAAGGAAGUGGACGGUGAAUGACGUCUACAACUUCAUCAGCAGUAUUCCCACGUGUUCGGAGUACGCUCAGGUUUUUAAGGACCACAUGAUUGAUGGAGAGACCCUGCCUCUUCUUUCGGAGGAGCACCUGUUGGACACACUGGGGCUCAAACUGGGGCCAGCUCUGAAGAUUCGCUCACAGGUGUCCAGGCGGAUGGGCAGCAUGUUGUACAUGCUGAACCUGCCGUUGACCGGCUCCACCCUGCAGGCCACCCCCGAGAAGCCUGGGGACCGCUCCCCAGAGAUCCCCUCCCCCGGCAACUGCAACAGCGAGGACAUGAUGGCGAGCCCAAGAGACGCCGACGGCAUGAAAUCCUCAGAACACCUUCACGAAGCAGAAAACUGUUCACCUCCUUUAGUCAGCAAUGAGACCGCCUGAUCGUCGCUGAUAAAACACAAACUGAGCCCGGACCAGUCUGCACCCCUCAGGCCUGAUGAACCGUUUCUGCCAUGGUUGUUUACACAGUAUUUCACUGGGAUGAAGAUGCUGUUUUCAUUUACUGUGACCAAAUGUCUCUUACAUUUUCUUUAUUUGUACAUAUUUUUAACAGCAAAACCUGAUACUCUAAGUUUCUGCAUCAGUUUUCUUUUUCUGUUUAUCGUUGCACACAGUUGUCUCUGUUUGGAUGUAGGUUCCUGUUAUUCUUUUAGGUCACAUUUUAUUUUAAUUAAAUCUGACAACCAAAAAAUGGAAUUGCUCAUCUUUGAUUUAAUGUUGCAUGUUUUUUUUUAUUUAUUUUAUUUUAUUUGCAUUUCUUUAGCAAUAAAGUGCUUUUUUAUACAAAGGAA